CUCUUGUUUCCAGGGGGACACUUUACCGUGUCCCUACCGUGAGAAACAAGGAAGUUUGUGUACGAAGCAGUUUUUUCCUUUGGACGACAUAAGGGAGAAGAUUUCAUCAUGGAGGGAACCUCCAAAAGCGAUGAUGCUGAUGAGCCAUCUGUUGCAGCACAGGUUCCUUUCCUUCACCUGUGCACUACUUUAGAGAAAAUCCAGAAGUCUAAACUCCGUCCAGAUAAAUCCAAGGUUCUUGGGGAUUUCAUCGAGUCAUGGAGGAAGUUUCAUUCUGCCCUCCACAAAGACAAGACCAAAAUAACAGAAUCUUUCUACCCAGCCAUGCGCCUCAUAGUUCCCUCUUUUGAACGUGAACGGAUGGCAUAUGGCAUCAAAGAGAGCAUGUUGGCUAAACUGUACAUCGACGUGUUGGGCCUCCCAAAGAAUGGCCCAGAGGCCAAUAAACUUCUGAACUAUAGAGCCCCGACUAUUUCCCAAGGAGAAGCUGGAGACUUUGCCGGCAUGGCGUACUUUGUGCUGAAGAAACGCUGCACCAGCCAGGGAAACCUCAGCAUCAAAGAAGUCAAUGACUUUUUGGACUCGGUGGCUGCCAACAACGCUGGCAAGCUGAAGGAUCUUGUCAAAAAGAAUCUGCUGCACCUCAUCACCCAGAGUUCGGCUCUUGAGCAAAAGUGGCUCAUCAGAAUGAUCCUGAAGGACAUGAAACUCGGAAUCAGCAGGGAGACCGUUCUCCGUGUCUACCACCCGGAUGCUGCUGAGCUCUUCAACGUCAACACGGACUUGAAAAAGGUGUGCCAGCAGCUUCACAACCUGUCAGUGUCUUUAAGCGACGUCUCCAUUGGACUUUUCUCCUCCUUCAAGCCCAUGUUGGCAGCUGUGUCUAACAUCCGUAAUGUGGAGAAACAGAUGAGCAACAGCCAAUUUUACGUCCAGACAAAGCUGGACGGGGAGCGCAUUCAGCUGCACAAAGACGGAGACGUGUAUAAAUACUUCAGUCGAAAUGCAUUCGAGUAUACGCAGCAGUUUGGGGGAUCGCCGCUGGAGGGCUCGCUGACACCUUACAUCCACAAUGUUUUCAAAAGCCACGUUGUUAACUGUAUCCUCGACGGUGAGAUGAUGGCGUACAACCCGACCACAGAGAACUUCAUGCAGAAAGGGAGCAAGUUUGACAUAAAGAGGCUGGCGGACGACUCUGAGUUACAGACAUGUUUCUGUGUGUUCGACGUGUUACUCGUCAACGACCAAAAACUUGGUAAAGAAACACUGAAGAAGCGCUGCGAUAUCAUUGAGACAGUUUUCACCCCGCUCAAGGGACGGAUACACCUGGUGCCGAAGACCGAAGCCAGAACCAUGCAGGAGGUGGUGAACGCCCUCAAUGAUGCCAUAGACAACAGAGACGAGGGGAUCAUGGUGAAGGACCCUUUAUCCAUCUACAAACCUGACAAACGGGGGGAAGGGUGGCUGAAAAUAAAGCCAGAAUAUGUUGACGGCUUGAUGGAUGAGCUUGACUUGCUGAUUGUUGGGGGCUACUGGGGGAAAGGGAGACGGGGCGGUAUGAUGUCCCAUUUCUUAUGUGCUGUCGCUGAAAGUCAAAAGCCCGGCGAGAAACCUUCCAUUUUCCACACCCUCUGCCGCAUCGGCUCCGGCUACACCAUGAAGGAGCUGUACGACCUCGGUUUAAAGCUAGCCAAGCACUGGAAGGUUUUCCGUAAAAAUGACCCGCCCGCGUCCAUCCUGUGCGGAACGGAGAAGCCGGAAGCCUACAUCGAACCCUGCCACUCAGUCAUCAUCCAAGUGAAGGCGGCUGAGAUAGUUGGGAGUGACAUGUACAAAACCAACUGUACCCUGCGCUUCCCGAGGAUCGAGAAGAUCCGCGAUGACAAAGAGUGGCACCAGUGUAUGACCCUGGCGGAACUAGAUCAGUUCCGCAGCAAGGCGUCGGGGAAACUUGCCUCAAGACACCUCUUCAUCAGUGACGAGGAACCGCAGAAGAAGAAGCGCAAGCCGGUAGUGAGGCCCAAGAAGGUGGUCGGGAUCAUCGACCACUUCAAGCCCCAGGACCUCUCCGGGGUUACCAAGGAGACGGAUAUGUUCGAAGAUGUGGAAUUCUGCAUCCUAAAUGGCACAGAGGAUCAUCCCAAGGUGGAUCUAGAAACGGGGGUAGCCAGGUGCGGAGGAAUCGUGGUACAAAACCCUGGACGGGACACCUACUGCGUGGUCGCCGGCGUGGAGAACAUGCGCGUCAAAAACCUGAUCUUGUCCAACCAGCACGACAUGGUGUGGGCCUCCUGGCUGCUGGAGUGCCUGGACCAGAAGGAAGUGGUCCCGUGGCAACCACACCACAUGAUCCACAUGUCACCGUCCACCCGCGAGCACUUUGCGAAGGAGUACGACGGCUACGGCGACAGCUACUUUGUUGACACGGACGAGCGGCGGCUGCGAGAUGUGUUUGGCCGGAUGCGCAGUGGGGACGUGCAGGCGGCCGUGAGAGUAGAGCAGGUGGAGCAGCGUUACAGCUGGGGCGACCUUCCCACCAGCAUGUUCAGACCCUUCAGGGUUUACAUGGACAGCGGUGCCGACAGGGAAGACGCUGGAACCGCUGCACCCGCCACCUGUUUGGACAUCAGGGCGCUGGAGUUUCGCUACCACGGUGGGACAGUCGUGCAGAAGCUGGAGGAGGGCGUCUCUCAUGUCAUUGUCGCCGUAGAAACAAGAGUUCUGGAUUUGAGGACUCUGAGGCGAGGGUUCAGGAGGAAGUUUAAGAUUGUAAGAGAAUCAUGGGUGACGGAUUCAAUCAAAGCAGGCUAUCUGAUUAAUGACAACGAUUACUUGGUGUGAAGAGUCUUCUUGUGAUAACUGACUUGAGGUGACAGUAGAGGGGGAAUCCUCCUUUGAGCUAGCAUUUUUAAUUCAUUCCUAAUAAAGUUAUUUAUUUAUUUUAA